UAAUUUUGUAUAUUUCACAGUUCUCUAACAUUUAUAUUAUUAAAUAUAAUUAUUGAUGAACCUUAUGGAACUUUAAAAGUCUGCUUUUCACUUUCAAAUGAAAUGUUAAUUACCGUAUUAUCAACAGAAGGCCACAUGAUGACUUAAAGUACAUAAAAGAUAUAACACAGAACACCCCAAUGUACAUAACUGAUAUUAAAAAUGAAAUAUGAUUGGUCACACAGAGAGUUCUGGGAACGCCCGAUUAUUGUUUUUCACCGUCAUUUUGACAAUAGUUUACUAUAAAAAGUACAUGUAUUCCCACUAUACAUUUUUACCGUUAAUUACAUGGUAAAAUAUUACUUUUUACAUUUAAAAAAACACAAUUUUAACUAUAUUUUACUGUGAUAUUUCAUUUUAUGAUUAAUAUAUUGUCUUAAAUAUAUUUAAUAUAAUAUUUUUACCGUAAAUGUUAAGGUAAGAACUCGUAAACCAAUUAACUUUUUUACUGUAGCAUUUUUACAUUCUUUUACCGUUAAAUUUACAGACAUGUUUUAGUGUAGAGUAAUAUAUAUUCAUACGCGUUUUCUAUUUAGUGCUAUCUGCUGCUCAUACAAACCACAAGUAUUAAACUUCAUUGUGUAACUCAUUUAUUACGAGAUCACACUUCUGAUUUUUACCUGUUGGACAAUCAAAUUCACUUGAGGCAGUAAGAAACAUCCAGAACACACUUGCGUUGUUGUGAGUUUUGCACCACUCACAUUUUAUUCAUAAAAUGCAAAACUUAAGUUUUAACUACUAUUUCGGGUUUGUGUAUAUUUGUGUAUCAGUUACAAGUGAUGUGAGAAACUCAAUGGGAUACUUGGAAUGUUUUUUCCCAACGACACUACCAUUCCAAAGUUUUAGAUCACAAGACAUUUUUGUUUUUAAAAUAAAUUAUUAUUAUAACCUUUUAUUUUACCAAGAGAGACCUGCACAAAACAAGUCAUCAAUGCACAUGCAGUCGAUACAGGCGCAGAUGUAGUCUAACUAUACAUUAACACACUGAUAGAAAACAUUAGUAAUGUUGCAAAAUAUGAUUUGAGUCAUUAAUAAUGUUGUUAAAAAACAUCUUUUAAAAAUCCAGUUUAAAAUACGUAUUAAGAGGAAAAGUUGUCGUUGUGUCCAAUUGGGUUUCAUAAUUUUUUUUAAACCAUUUAUCGCAUUUUUCUACAAAAAAUGUAUUUAAUGACUUCAUGUGGUGUAACCAUCAAGUAAAAGCUAUUAAAAUACUUUGAAUGUCAAAAUGACUUUGAACUCGUGCAUUCAAUAGUUUUGUGUGAACUGCAUUUUAAUGUAUUUUUGAAUAGUUUAAUAGAUCUGGCUGGAAAGGAGCAUCAUGUCAUUGAUCCAUUACUGUUUGAAAUAAGUGAUUUAUAAUUUAAAAUAUUUUUACCAUUAAUGACAUUUUCAGCAGUCAUUACUAAGAAUAUACUGUGUCACCUAAAGCUGAAGAAAUCAUCCUAAAGUGCUAAUUUGGUACUCAACAGUUGUGUAUUUAAUGUCAUUUGAACAUCACAAUAGUGUUUUUUUUUCCAGUUGCUUAAGUAUUGAGUUACUUUACUCUUGCAUGUCAAAUUUAUUUAAACAAAUGGUCAAAAAGAAACAACUCUCUCUUGAAAUUCAUCCAUCUAUUGUUGUUUUGAGAGAUGAAGACUAUUCCAUGCUACUGUCUUGAUAGAAGAAAUCACACUGGACCAAAGGGAGAGGGAAGUGGACGGCACAGAUGCAAAACGACAACAAAAGUACACCAGAGGCUCUAGAUUGAGAAACAGACCCCUCACAGAUUCAGUGAAGAACACCAAACGCAUGCAUUGCUGCAAGUAGAGGAUUCUUGGAUGAACAAAGUUUGAAGAAUGCAGCAUUUAUUUAAAAAGAAAUGCAUCCUCGGUGAAGCAUCAGUUUCUUUCAAAAAACAAAAAUGUCUUAGCUAUACACUUCUGUUUAAAAGUUUUAGACAACUAAUGCAAAAAAACAAAACAAGGGCAAAUAGAACUUCUAUUUUUUUGUAGAGCAAUAAUUCAAUGAGGACCUCGACGUCUGUAUGAGGCUAUAUGGCAAUAAUAAGCAUGGAAACAGUGACUAAUGUCAUGAGCUACUCACUACCUCGCCUGAGAUUACAGUGAGAAGAUGGAAAAAUAGCCGGCGAGCAUCACUAUGUAGCACUGAUGUGCGAGGGGCGAUCGACCUCGAAAUGUCUAAUUGAUGACAAUGAUACGUGAGCUAAUGAGAAACUCCAGCCGUUGGGUUUGGACAAGAGUGUCAUGAUCCGCAUUUAAAACAUGUCAAACCCCUGCAAGACUUUCAAAGGCCCCUGUCAGAUUCCUCACAGGCCCAUAUAAACCCAGAGUCCAACUCGUGGUCCACAGUCAGCAAGUUGAAGACUUCCUCUGAGUUAGAACGUGAAAGCUUCAGAUUACAGGUACAAAAGUCCCAAAAAUACAGACAUGAGAGGUUCAUCGUAUUCCCAGAAGUCCCUGACUGUCAGCGGCUCCAGCAGGAUGAGGGUUCAGAGCCCGUCGCCCUCCCGCUGCCGAGGAUCUUCGUACAGUCGUGGUCGGGCUGGAUUCCAGGGUCAGGCCAUGGAAGUCGGCACCGAGAUCCAUCAGCACCAUGCCAAUGAGAAAGAGGAGAUGCAGGAGCUGAACGUGCGUUUUGCCGGCUACAUCGAGAAGGUCCAGGCGCUGGAACAGAGGAACGCCGCACUGAAAGCCGAGCUAGAAUCCCUGCAGGGACGCUUUAAAGGAGGUCCCGCCGGACUCGGGGAAGAAUACAAACUGAAGUUUAAAGAGAUGAGGGACCUGAUCGAAGCUCUGACCGCUGAGAAGGGUGCGGCUGAUAUUGAGAGAGGCUACAUCGAGGAGGAAGUGGAGGUCUGGAGACUGAAGGUGGAGGAAGAGCUGGCUCUCAAAGAGGAGGCAGAAAUAAUCCUCCGUGAGUUCCGUCAAGACGUCGACAACGCAACACUCGAGAAGGCCGACCUGGAGAAACGCAUCGAGCAGCUCGUGGCCGAGAUCGAGUUCCUGAAAAAGCUCCAUGAUGAAGAAGUUGCCGACCUGCUCAGACAAAUCGAGGAGUCCAAGGUAACGGUGGAGCUCGACUCCGACAGACCCGACCUGGCCGCGUACCUGCGUAACAUGCGGGUGGAGAUCGAGGCGGUGGCCGCCCGCAACGUCCAAGAGGCAGAAAAGUGGUACAAGGGCAAGUUUGACACCCUGAAAGAGCAAGCCAGCAAACACGAGGACCAGAUGAAGACCAUGAAAGAGGAGAUCACCACCUUCCACAACCAGAUAUCAGACCUGCAGAACCAGAUCGACAGUCUGAGAGCACGGAACGGCGCUAUGGAACAGCAGCUUGAGGACAUGGAAGUGGCACACCUGGAGAAGGUGGCAGGGCUGGAGGGCAUCAUCGCUCAGCUCGAGAGCCAACUGUGUGAGACCAAAGUAGAAAUGGGAAAAUACUUGGCCGACUACCAAGAGCUGCUACACAUCAAGCUGAGACUGGAUGCUGAGAUCGCCACCUACAGGAAGCUGCUGGAAGGAGAGGAGAAGCGGCUCGGCAUCUCUGUUACAGAGGGUGUGGCAGGUAGUUUCAUGUUUGCUGUUUCUAGAAUAAAUGGGCAGUUUCGAUGGGAUCAGAACAUAAACGGGAUCACUUUUUGUGCUCUGUUUAGAUGGUCUAGUUUUUUGCAGAUCCCCUAAAUCCCGCUAAUCUAAAAUAGGGUUGUUUUCAUCUAUUCUCAAAAAAACACAGUAACUACACAUUUUGUCAAAAUUGAGUUAUGACUGAAAUCAGGUCUCUUAGGCCUCGUCCAUGCUAGUACAUGUUCAUUUGAAAACGCAGUCCUUCAGCUAAGUUUACGCCUUUUAUCCACACUGGAACAGCAUGUCGUCCACUGAAAAUGUAAGUUGGAAAACAAAUAUGUUUUCAAACAAAAAUGGAUUAGUGUGGGCGUGGCCUUAAACUACGACGGAUGUGUUAGACUCAUUAAACUCAUCAGCUGCGCAAACUCGGCUGGACAAUCAAAAAUCUUUGGAACAUUUUCUGUUUCAAUGUUGGUGUAGUUACUGCAUUUUGCAUGAGUGGGGCAGUUUUAAUUCUUGCUAACCUAAAUGUCUAAAUGAUAUGAGUUUUUCCUUAUUUUUCAGAAGCCGUGAGAGAAGAGAGAACCACUUCCAUGUCUCGUACUGUAGAGACACACACAGCUAUUCAAGGCUGAAGACUCCAUCAUUCCCUGAUAGAAGUCAAUCUGAAGACUCUGGAAAGCACUUCAAACCCUCAAUAAAUCCACAUACUGCUAUGCUAGAGUUAACAAGACCUUAUUCAAAAGCUCCUAGAUCACAUCUGAUUUUCCACAACUCAUGUUGUCUGGAGUUCUUUGUAUACUGAAUGUUCUUGGACAGAUAUUUUAUCAAUGUUUUGUCACUUUAAACUGCAGUACAGCCCAUUGAAGAGUCUGUAAGUCAAUCCCGCACAGCCUCAAUGUCAUUCCCAUUACAAAUCAAAGAUGGCGCUAGCGUGAAUAAGGUCUACAAGCGGAAGUCUGUUUUUCAUGUAAAAGAACAAAAGAUGUCACAAGGUACUAAAAUAAAGCUUGAUUUCAGUGCAUCUGAUGUGUGUUUUACUGUAUGAGUGUCUACACAACAAAACCCUUUUUAAACAAAAUCAUUCAAUCAUUAAAAGCCCUUACAGAAAGGGGUCUGGGUAUCUCAGUGAGUAUUAACGCUGACUAUCACCCCUGGAGUCGCGAGUUCGAAUCCAGGGUGUGCUGAGUGACUCCAGCCAGGUCUCCUAAGCAACCAAAUUGGCCCGGUUGCUAGGGAGGGUAGAGUCACAUGGGGUAACCUCCUCGUGGUCAUGAUUAGUGGUUCUCGCUCUCAAUGGGGCGUGUGGUAAGUUGUGUGUGGAUCGUGGAGAGUAGCAUGAGCCUCCACAUGCUGUGAGUCUCCGCGGUGUCAUGCACAACGAGUCACGUGAUAAGAUGCGCGGAUUGACGGUCUCAGAAGCGGCGCCAACUGAGAC